AGAUCAUUUAGCUCAUCAUUUACUUGCGACAACUCUCUUUUUUUAUAUGCAAAAAAAAUGUCUUGGUUUAUUAAAGGUUCACGCCUCCAAAAAAUUGCUUUUUCGAGCAUUAUUCAACAAAGAACACGCGUAAUUAAACCUCUUGAUAUUAACUUGACACGACAUAAUAAUGUUGUGAAAAUUCUUAUACAACAAAGUCUUUAUUCUACAAACUUCUCGCUUUCUCACGAACACGUAGAUAAUCCUCCUUUAAAAGGUGAACACGAAAACGCGUCAUUAUUAUCAAAUAAAUCAAAAAACGAAAGUGAUAGCCCUACAAGCUUUGUACCUACGCAAGAGUUCAUUUCUAACGAUUUGUUGAAUAAUGAUAAUCAGAAAGGACAAGUUCAACCUGAUAAUAAAUUUGAGCAAGAUUGGUCCAAAUCGUUCUUUGGUUUAUCUACCAAAGCUUUUCCACAAGAGGCUGCUAAUAUUUUAUUAGCUCCCGUCAACAUUGAUGAUAUAGAGUGCAAGCCCGAUGGGAUGAUUUAUUUACCUGAAAUUAAAUACCGUCGCAUUUUGAAUAAAGCAUUUGGACCUGGAGGUUGGGGUUUGGCACCUCGUGGCGAGAAUUCAGUUAGUCCAAGGAACAUUUCACGUGAAUAUGCACUUGUUUGUGAUGGACGACUUGUAUCGGUUUCUCGUGGAGAACAAGAGUAUUUUGAUCCUUCUGGAUUAGCCACUGCUUCCGAAGGAGCAAAAAGCAAUGCUUUAAUGAGAUGUUGUAAGGAUUUGGGUAUCGCUUCUGAACUUUGGGACCCUACUUUUAUUCGUGAUUUUAAAAAGAAAUAUUGCAUGGAAGUAUUUGUUGAACAUGUAGUGAAUAAAAAAAGGAGAAAGAUUUGGGUGAGAAAGGAUAAAGAAGUUGAAUAUCCUUUUGUAAGAGUGUGACUCGAAGAUUUUUCCUUUAAUUCUCAAAUAAAUUGUGAUUGAUUUUAAUCCGAUCUU